AAGUUUCAAUUCCUUCUUCUUAUUAUUAACUUUCAAUUCCGGGUUGGAAGCGAUUAUCAAAAUAAGAGUUCAUACCAUGUCUAUGCACAGUGAUCAAAUGUUGUGGUCACAAAACCGGUUUGUAGGCUUUUAUUUUGACAGAAUGCUUUGGAAGCCCACGGUGUCAACAAAUCCGUGAUGUCACUACGUUGUUGUUAGCUAGCUAGCUAGCAGCGAAUUUCUUUUUUUAGCAAGACUGAAUGAAACAGGGUGCCCAGAAGAAAAUACCAUUUUGAGGUUAUGACAGUUAGCGUCAUUGUGAGGACAUAUCGGACGUGACAGCGGUUAUCGGACCGGACUUGGUACUUUCGUUUUUCCAAUGCGGAAGAAGAUCUCUACUUGCAGUGCAGCCGAAAUAUACACGCUCUUAAUUCAAUGGCUCAGACCGAGGGCUCUAUAAAGGGCCGUGUGACGGUGUACUCGGUGAUUGGCUGCCCACACUGCCUCCAAGCCAAAUCAACAUUAAAGGAACUGGGAUUGCCGGUGUGUGAUGUGGACAUAAAUCCACACGCAGCUCUAAGGGAUGAGGUGAAGAAGCUGACAGGCCGCAGUACGGUUCCUCAGAUAUUCUUCAACAACGUUCAUGUAGGGGGCAAUGACGAUCUGCAAAAGAUGGCUCCUGAGGAGCUUCAGCGGUUGGUGCAAAUGGUGAGAGAACAGCCAAUCCCUGCAGAUGCACCUCCUUUACCUGUGGGGAAUAGUUCAGAUGCUACAGAGGAGAGUGGAGAGUUUAUGUGUGAGAGGGAUGCUUUUGCGGACUUGGUAGAGGAGUUCAAGUCCAGCGGGGUGAUUGGCAGCCACAGGAAGGGGUUGAGAGUGUGCAAGAACAGCUUCACAGGGACAGAGCUGGUGGACUGGCUGCAGACAGAAAAGGGCAUGGACAGGCCAAAGGCACGUGAACUUGGACAGGGUAUAAUGGAGAGAAAGUACUUUAAUGCUGUGGCGGGAAAGGGUGGUUUUGAAGAGAGUAGCACCUUGUUCAGGUUGCUGGAACAUGACCCCAACGCUGCACUCAACACAGGAGAAAUGGCAGCAUGCAGCCCCUUGAAGGCAUCUGAGCUCUCUGAAAUCCUGAGGAACCUCAUCUUGAAACUUUAUGCAGACCACCUCUCCUCUGAUGGCAAGUUUGUGGACUACAAGGCGAUGUCUCAGAGUCCUUUUUUUGAGCAAUACUGUGAGCUGGCGGUGCAGCUGCAGCGUGUGGAGCUUGGCUCCCUCAGCCGGGAGGAAAAGCUGGCCUUCUUCAUCAAUGUUUACAAUGCACUCGUCAUCCACGGAAAUCUACGCAUGGGCAUCCCCAAGAACAUGUGGCAGCGGUAUCGGUUCUUUAACUAUGCGAGCUACCUCAUUGGAGGUGAGGUGUUCACCCUUCAGGAUAUUGAGAAUGGAGUAUUGCGAGGUAACAGGAAGGGCGUUGCACAAAUCCUGAAGCCCUUCUCAAAGAGCGACCCCAGACUUCAGGUGGCUCUUCCUGAUCCUGAGCCUCUCAUUCAUUUUGCUCUCAACUGUGGUGCAAAAGGCUGCCCCCCAAUUAAAACAUACACACCCCAGGGAAUAGAUAGUCAGCUACGGUCUGCAGCUGAAGCUUUCCUGGAGAAUGAUGAUGGAUGCCUUGUGGACCCCGUUAAAGGAGAGGUGAAGCUCAGCCAGAUAUUCAAGUGGUACAAGGUGGAUUUUGGAGGAACGGAUGAAAAGCUGCUGAACUGGAUCUUAAAGCACAUGAGUGACUCGCCUAAAAAGGUCAACCUGCAAAACCUGCUCUCAUCUGGAUCUAUCAAAGUGAGCUUCAUGCCAUAUGAUUGGUCUACCAACAGCAAAGACUGAGCUGUCCUUCCGUCUGCCUCUGAUGUUCACUGCCAGUUGUCUGAUUAAGUGGACAUUCAAAGUAGCCAUUGCUGUCUAGCCCAGUAGGGCAAAGAAAUGUUGAAAAGUAGUCUCUUCUUUUGCAACUGUUGUCUAUGCAUUCAGCAUUUUGUUUGUUUUUUCAGCAUGACCAGGAGCAGUCUAAUCCUGUAGCAUGGUUGAUACUUUUUUUCCGGUCAACACUGCAAAUAAGUUUUCAGCAUUUGCAGAAUUCAAAUCAAAAGGUUUUUUAGAUGAUCUAUCUAUUAUCAAUAUUAUCUGCACUUUUACAAAUAUCCGAGUGUUUUAUAUCAAUUAGCUGAAACAUUGUGCAAAGUAAUAGCAUUUUGACUAAAAAGACCAUAGACAUUAGAGUUCUCUGUAUGAAUUUUUUCUCAAAUUGUUAAAUUAUUAAUUUAUAAAUCAAUACAUUAUUAAACAUUACAACAUUAUUUAACAUCAGAAUACCUCCACUUGCCUUUCAAACUCUGGUUUUGAUGUAUUUCCUUUAACCUGAAGCCUUUUCAUUUGUUUAUCAUACUUUCAUACCAACUUUUGUAAACUCAUGCACCUAAUUAUUAUUUUGCCUUUAUUUAUAAACUGUAAUCUUGUCUGAUGAAGAAUCAGGGCAGAGAAUAAGAGCCAUAGGGCCACCAUUUAUUUAUUUUUAGAUGCUGUUCACCAGAUACUGUGAAAUAAUCUGUCCAUAAAUAUUUGACCACACAAUGUUUUAGUGCACAUGAGAGCUCAAGUAGUGUUGCAAAUUUUAGAGGCUUGGAUUUAAUUUCCAUUAUUAUAAUCGUGGCAUGAUCCAGCCAGUGUUUCCCAAACUGUUCUGCGACACGCUAGUGUGCCAUAAGAGCUGCUCAGGUGUUUUGCAGGAGAACAUCAUUUUCUGUUUUGUUUUUUUGUUUGUUUGUUUGCCGUAAAUAACCUUUAAAUUGUAAAAAUUCAAUUUAAUUUCAUUACAUUAUAUAUUAGUUCUAAAGUUGUAGUUUAAAAUGACCUUUAAUUUCAUUAAAUGUCAUUAGCUCUGAACUGAACUGACUUCUAGUUUGUUCAUACCACUUUUACCACUCAUAGUUUUUAUUGGUCAAUCAAAGGAUAAUACAUACUUGUCCACUAAUACAGUUGCAAUAAACCCUUUCAUUUUGUGA